AUGCCCCGAAACCGUUACCGUACAAGGAGACGAGGCGAGACUACAUGGAAAGAAAGAUUUACCGUUUGGAAACAUAAUCGAAGGAAACCAGGAUGGCUCGAAUUGGUUAUUUACGGAGUGUUGUUGAAUGUUGUUGGAGCUGCACUACUUCUCAUUAAAGCUCAACUCGAUAAGGAUGUUGUAAAAGCCGCAGUAGAUCAAAAGUUUCGCGACGCAGGAAUAAAAAUAAAUUCAACAAUAACUGAGGAGCAUGAAGAUACACCUGAGCCGAGCUCUGUGCUAAUGGUUCUCAUAACAAUGGGCGGUCGAAUGGCAAAUGUUAUCGGAACAAUGAAAUUGUACAAGGGACUCGGAAAAUAUCUGUCGGAUCGGAAACGCAAAAAAUUUCAAAGUACAACGGAAAAGUUUCAAAACGGCGAAGGAGAAACCGAAUGCACCGAACUUCUCGCCGAUUGUUGCCAAGUGUUUUGA